UGGAAAGCCUGAAAUGUCACAGAAUCACAGAAUUUUUAGGGUUGGAAAGAACCUCUGGAGAUCAUCUAGUCCAACCCCCUGCCAAGGCAGGGUCACCUAGAGCAGGUUCACAUAUUCUGCUUUGAGACAGAAGUGAAACUAAAUGGGAAAGUUACCAAAGCACAUUCCCACUCACUCUAUGCACAACCACCAGGACGAGAUGCUGACAGAAUACCGCCACAAUUACGCGGUUGAUUUACCAAGGCGCGGGACUGCGGUUGAGCUCGUUGCUGGAAGCACUUCCCUUUCGGCGAGCGGUGACCGAGCUCCUCCCCCUAAGCCGAGCGGGGCCGGCGGGAGCGGCCGCGGUGGCGGCGAUGGAGCCGGCGCUGGGCUCGGAGUUCGAGGAUUCCCUUGGUUCCACAGCGCGGCUGACGCCGGGGAAGGCGCCGCCGCAAUCACGAGCAGCAAGUUCCGGGCGGACUGGGCGUUCCGGCAGCGGGACUUCGAGAAAGCCCUGUGUGAAUACUCAGACUGCCUGCUACUCUUACCUGCCAGCAACAUUGCAAUGAGGCGUGAUGUCCAGGAGGGCCAGGCUCGGUGUUUAUCUCACCUGGGAAGGCACAAGGAGGCUCUGGAUAUUGCAGAAAAAAUGAGAAACAGCGCCACUAACACAGAUCACUUAACGACGGUUCUCAACCUGCAGUUUUCUAUUUACCAGGGGCUGGAAAAUGUAGAAAAAAAGAUGAUGUGUCUGCAGCAACUGAUCUGCUUACAUCCUUUCAAUCCCUGGUUCUGGAAGUUACUUGCUGAAGCUUAUAUGAGUCUUCUGCAGAAUUUGUCUCCAUUGGUCAUUCCAAAAGCAAAUCUAAAUCAGUCUGAAGAGAUUUGUGUAAGUGAUAGCAGUCUGAAAACAUCGACUGGCAGAGAGAUUAAUCAGCAGCCUCACACAUCAGAGGGCCAGAAGGAAGGCCCUUGGUUCAGCCUCACUGCAGAAACAAAGGGGGAGAAUGCAGUGACUUGUCCCAGCAGCCAAGUAAUGAAAGAAUUCCCCUGCACUUCAGGAGAACUAGAACGGAUGGACAAAGAGAAAUGUGCAGACUCCAAGGCCUGGAAGAAGAGCAUGUUAAAGAAAGUUGGGAUAAAAGCAUGUGCCUCGUUUACUAGAGCAAGGCUUUUACUUCAGCUUACCCAGUCACAACAGUUGUCCUUUGUGCUAGAGAAUAACAGAAAAUGUCAGAAAGAAAUUGAUGACAAAGUGGCUCUACUUGGUUUCGAUGAAAACUCCUUGCUGUUGAUGACCAAAGCCAUGGGGCAGGAUCUUACACCAGAAAAACUAAAAGAGGAGUUUCAGUGUGAGGUAAAAUGCAUAGGCCCUUCAGCACUGUCAUCGCUGGUAACUGCUUCAGUCAUGGAAUUUGAAAUCAAAUGGUUUGGUAAUCUUCAAGAUGAUUUAUGUCACUUUGAUGGGCAAUUCUAUUCAGACAUUUAUCUCCCACCUUCAGUAACAUAGACAUUUUGUUGUAUUUAUUCUUGUAUUUCCAAAUUAUUAUGGCAUGAUGCAUGCAAUAAAGUUCACUUUACAUUUUUUAAGAA